AUGGAGUUAUUCGUCAAAGGUUCCGCCGUUAGAUUACGGAGCUGUCACGAAAAGUACCUCUACGCCGUUGACGACGAAAAAGCCGUCCGUCAAAGCUCAGACGGGACGUCACGUCAAUCGGUAUGGACGGUGGAGAUGGUGCCACGCAAACCAAACUUCAUCCGUCUCAAGAGCUGUUACGGCAAAUAUUUAACGGCGAGCGAGUCGUCGUAUCUUCUCGGUAUGACCGGCGAGAGAGUCAUCCAAACGCCGCCGUUUCGUCAGGCGGAGCACGAGAGCCACUGGGAGCCAAUCAGAGACGACUUACCGGUCAAACUCAUGUCGUGGAACGGGAAAUAUCUGCGCGGGAACGGUGGAUCUCCGCCGUGGAAAAACUCCGUCACGCACGAUUCCGAGCCGUACGUAAAGAAAUGGAUCCUCUGGUCCGUCGAGGUCGUUGAGAAUCCGGAGAAGGUUUCGUACGCGGAUCGUUUUUCGUCUCCGGCUUCGAGUUUUAACUCUUCCGUCUCCGGCGAGUCGAAUCACGGGUCACCGGUUAAUAAACUACCGACUUACGGAUCUUCCGAAUCGAUCGGGUCGGAUCCUGGGUCGUCACCAUCGGUUUCUUCUUCGACGCUCAUGUUUACUCCGUCAAUGUCGGGUACAUUGACCCCAAAACCAGAGAGGAAAAAUUCGAAGAAAAUUGCGGAACAUGUUUCGGAGAUGGAGAUUUUCCGGGAAGCGAAAUCGGUGCGGUUACGAAGCAGCGCACACGAGAAAUACCUAAUUGCGGACGAUGACGAAGAGAGAGUGAUAAUGGGCCGAAAUGGGUCGUCGAAAGAGGCCCGAUGGGGAGUUGAAUUGGUACCCGGAUCCGAAAAGGCGAUCCGGUUAAAGAGCUGCCACGGUGGAUACUUGACGGCUUCGAACGAGCGUUUGAUGUUGGGAGCGACGGGGCAUAAAGUGGUCCAGUCGAGGAGGAUUCAAACCGGUGAACCGGCGGGAGAGUGGGAACCGGUUAGAGAUGGGUCGAAGUUGAAGCUGAGGAGCAGAAACGGCGGGAAUUAUUUGAGAGCCAAUGGGGGUGUGCCACCUUGGAGGAAUUCGGUUACGCAUGAUAUACCGAACCGGAGUGCGACGCAGAAUUGGGUGGUUUGGGAUGUUGAUGUGAUCGAGAUUAUGGAGCGUUCUAGUGGAACUGUUUAA